AUGACUUCGAAUGUCAGUUUGUGAGUUUAGCAACAUUUUAUACAUUUUCAUUCUAUGAAUUUAUGAACUUUUUUUGCAGAAAAUCUUUGUUCGAUCCCGAGAAACCGUUUUCAAUUCCAAAAAUAUUGAAUGGCCUAAAAACAAUUCAUCAUGAUAAGGUAGGAAGAAAAACAAUAAUCCUUGAAUUAAAAAUGUUUUUUUUCCAGGCACUCGAUGAUGUUUCAUUUCAAGGUUUGGAUAUCAAAGAAUCGGAUGUUUUCUAUGACGACAGAACUUUCAAAAGAGUUUUAGAAUAUAUCUUCAAAAAAUGCAAUCUUCGUGCAGAUUUGUAUGGAUCGAUUGAUGAAUUGUGCCUCAAAAUUCGAUUCGAUUCAUUUGAUCCUGAAGUUCACACUCAUCUUACAAUGGAACAAAUAUUAGAUAUUGUUAAACCGGAAGUUUGUAAAGCGAAAAAUAUGAAUAUGUUUGUAUCGAAACAAGAAACAAUUAUGGGGAUAAGUUAUAUUGUUCGAUUAUCGAAAUAUACAAUUCUUGCGGAUAUUUUCUUGAAAAAAUGGAUUGCAUCAUUUAUUGAAAGGGAAUUGAAAUUAUUGAAAGAAACCUACUCGUUUUUGCCGUUUGCUGUAAUGCAACAAAUGUUGAAAGAAUUCAAGAAAGCUGAAAUAUCGAUUGGCGAAAAUCUGCUAACUAUUCAAGAUUUCUCGAAUCUUCGCGAUAAAUUUGAGGCAUUCGAUGUUGAAGGAUUGCAUUUUUUCGACAAAGUUUUCAUGAAAAAAAUCAAUUUUAUGAAUCGAAAAACACCGAUUUCUACAAAUCAACAACUUUUUGUCAAUACUUAUGUGCAGAUUCAAACUAUUACAACUCGCUGUGUACAUGUUUUGGAAGAGGUUUUGAAACCUGUUUUGAUUUGUGAUAUGGUAAAUUUUUCUUCAAAUGUUUUGUUUGAUAAACAUACUUAAUUAUUACAGAAAGACGAGAGUGCAGUAUUGCGAGUAUUCUAUGAAGAACAUAAAACAUCGCGUGAAACUGAAAAAGAUGUGAUUCUUGCAAAAGAACUCGAUGAAGUACUCCAAAUUGCGAUGAAAAAACGACUUCCAGACAAAGAAUACAAAAGAGAACUUUUUAAAUUGGAAACUGAAGAAGAUCGAAAAAAUGGGAUUGUUUAUGGACUUUAUUACGAAUCUCUUCGUCCCAUUUUGAAAUCGCAUAAAUUGGCAAUUCUUCUGGAUUUGAGUCUUGUUAUGAUUCCCGAAGAUAAAUGUGUGUCAUCUUAUGGAACAAUUUGUCAACUUUCGGAUGUGGCAUUUCGAAAAGUUGUCCAGAUUUUGGCGAUUGAAUUGAAGGUUUUUCAAAAGAUAAAAACGAAAAAGGAUUUUGAAGGAAUUGUGGCUGUACUCGAAAAAUAUGAACAUGUUUUUGGAAGAGGAGUUCGUUGCUUUUUUUGUUUUGGAAAAAACUUAUAUCUUAUUUCAAUUUUUCAGGAUUACCCAUACUUCAUCGAGACUUGGAAAAUGAACGAAGUUAUCAAUGAAAUUCGAAGCCAAGUCUUGAAAUAUGCCAGAAAUUGCAAGAUUUAUCAAGUUCGACGAGCCAAUUCUAGCAUGGUUGAAGCAUUUGCAGAAGUCCAGAAAUUGUUGGCGAAUACAAGAACUAUUUUUCAAGAUUUGCCAACAGAUGUUAAAAUUCCAGUUGUGAACGCGAAAAAUUAUGAUAUUCGAAUGGUUUAUGAACAUUAUUCCAGAAUGAUUGAACAAUAUUUGAGCUUGGAAAGUGAAAAGGUAUGCUUUUUUGAAAAUGUUCAAAUAUUUAUGAAUGGAGCUCUAAAUUCAUUUACUUCACAAAAAAUUUAAAAAAAAUCGGUGGCCGAAAAUUGUCGGGAAUUCGGCCAAAGCAACAAACUCGCUCUAAUGUUGCAAAAAUCCUUGUGUUCCUUUGGCUGAAUUCCCGACUUUUCCCGGUCACCGAAAUAGGUCGGUCACGUAGUUUUUUCUGAAAUUUUUAAUUUUUUGUGCAGUAAAUUCAUUUUGAACUUUUUUUCAAGAUAAAUGGAUUUCUGAAUCCAACUGAAGAAGAAUACGAUAUGAAUAAACCUGGAACAAGUAAUCAAUAGUCGCUAAUUAGUGUUUUUUUUUCUAAAUUAUUUUUAGUAACAUAUUUGUUUAUGCACUUAUCGCUCGCUGUUAAAUAAAAUUGCAGAUUUUUAGUAAAAUAAUUUUAUUACUUCGUAUUUUCAACAAUAAAUCAAGGAAAAGUGAAUUUUGAGAAAAUAUAAAUUUGAUUAUCCGGCCUAGUAAAAUCGAUAUAUCAGAUAGAUACGAUCAGAUUCGGCUUGAAAAAUAACCCCUAGCCAAUUUUUGGUUGAAAUUGAACAGUUUUGAGUAUAUCUACAUGAAAAACUAGUUGUGUAUAUCUAUUUGGCCAUACUUGUGAAACGCUGCGGAUGUACAAUCAAUAACACAAUAUUUGUAUUCAUAAUUGUUUAUAAUUUCAUAUACAAAGUAACGGAUUUGACUGUGAAUUUUUCCGUCGAUGUGAAACUUUCCGUCCUUGAGCAUUUUUGAAUCAAACACAGCAUCCAAAUUGUGUGGAACACUAAGUGGCUCAUUAAAAUUCCUAACCCACGGCGCCUUUAAACUAAAGUUAACCCUUUUUUCCCAAAGGACCCCAGCAGCAAAACUAGCGCAUUUUUUAUUUAAAUCUAUUGAGGGGACCUAGAAAAGAUAUCCCUAUUUUGAGCCACCCAGUGUCCACACUCCAAUUUCGGAUCCAUUGUUCUGCAUCUGAAAAAAAAGUAUUAUUGAAAAAAAUACGUCAAAAAAAGAUUCUACUUACCAUUUGUGUGUUGCCUUCUUAUUUUGAGCCAGAAAACCUUCAUUGAUCCAAUUAUCCAUAUAGUUCGUCUCGAACUUCUUUUCGUCGAUCCAAAACUUACCCAAAACUUACCGAAGUUCAUCGCGAACUUCUCCAAAACUUACCGAAGUUCAUCGAGAACUUUCCUCCGUCGAUCCAAAACCUACCGAAGUUCGUCGCGAACUUCUCCUCGAUCCAAAACCUACCGAAGUUCGUCGCGAACUUUCCUUCUUCGAUCCAAAACUCACCGAAGUUCGUCGCGAACUUCUCCUCCUCGAUCCAAAACUCACCGAAGUUCGUCGCGAACUUCUCCUCCUCGAUCCAAAACUUACCGAAGUUCGUCGCGAACUUCUCCUCCUCGAUCCAAAACUUACCAAAGUUCGUCGCGAACUUUCCUUCUUCGAUCCAAAACUUACCGAAGUUCGUCGCGAACUUCUCCUCCUCGAUCCAAAACUUACCGAAGUUCGUCGCGAACUUCUCCACAACUUACCGAAGUUCAUCGCGAACUUCUCCAAAACUUACCGAAGUUCAUCGAGAACUUUCCUCCGUCGAUCCAAAACCUACCGAAGUUCGUCGCGAACUUCUCCUCGAUCCAAAACCUACCGAAGUUCGUCGCGAACUUUCCUUCUUCGAUCCAAAACUCACCGAAGUUCGUCGCGAACUUCUCCUCCUCGAUCCAAAACUCACCGAAGUUCGUCGCGAACUUCUCCUCCUCGAUCCAAAACUUACCGAAGUUCGUCGCGAACUUCUCCUCCUCGAUCCAAAACUUACCAAAGUUCGUCGCGAACUUUCCUUCUUCGAUCCAAAACUUACCGAAGUUCGUCGCGAACUUCUCCUCCUCGAUCCAAAACUUACCGAAGUUCGUCGCGAACUUCUCCACAACUUACCGAAGUUCGUCGCGAACUUCUCCUCCUCGAUCCAAAACUUACCGAAGUUCGUCGCGAACUUCUCCACAACUUACCGAAGUUCGUCGCGAACUUCUCCUCCUCGAUCCAAAACUUACCAAAGUUCGGCGCGAACUUUCCUUCUUCGAUCCAAAACUUACCGAAGUUCGUCGCGAACUUCUCCUCCUCGAUCCAAAAACCUACCGAAGUUCGUCGCGAACUUCUCCUCGAUCCAAAAACCUACUUAAGUUCGUCGCGAACUUCUCCUCCUCGAUCCAAAACUUACCGAAGUUCGUCGCGAACUUCUCCACAACUUACCCAAGAACUCACCGAAGUUCGUCGCGAACUUCUCCUAAACUUACCGAAGUUCGUCGCGAACUUUUCUUCAUCGAUCCAAAACUUACCAAAAACCUACCGAAGUUCAUCGCGAACUUCUCCACAACUUACCCAAGAACUUACCGAAGUUCGUCGCGAACUUCUCCUAAACUUACCGAAGUUCGUCGCGAACUUUUCUUCAUCGACUCCGCCAACGAUGUGAAACUUUCCGUCCUUCGAGCAUUUUCGAAUCCAACACCGCAACCAAAUAGUAUGGAAAACCAAGUGGCUCAUUAA